AUGCUGAUGACUGUUUAUCCGCGCGAGUCGGAUCGUGCAUGCAGAGAUUUUCGCGUUAAGUUCCCUGACGAGAUAAUUCAUGACAGCCUCCCAGGACAGCUGUGGUUUGGGGCCGAGGUUAGCCAACAUCUUCAUACCGUUUAUGGUGCAACUGAUGACUGA